AUGAAGCUCGCGGAAUACAACUAUCAGGUGGUGUACAAAUCCGGCAAAAAAAACCUAAAUGCCGAUGCUCUUUCAAGAAAUCCGGUCACAGAUGCCGAGGAGAUCAAUAUAGCUCCACUGACUGGUUCUGGUAACAUCAAACGCAGCAGGGGUAGACCUCCGAAAGGUUCUACUAAAAACCAGGAAAUUAGCCAGACAACCGAACCAGGCACCGAGUCACGUCUCAAACGAGGUAGAGGAAGACCCAAAAUCCUGCGAUCUUCCGUGUCACCAUCAGUCGAAACGAUACCCGAACAAAGCAGUGAAGACGAGUCUUCCUCGGAAGACAACGACAUUGCUAGUUCCGACCAAGAGUAUCGCCCACCGAUAUACCAGCGAAGAAAGAGCAUGUUACCCAGCCUGACAGAAGGAAUUAACACACGAAGUAGAAGUAAGAGAGCUCUUGAAGUAGGUCCAAGCAGUGCUCCCCCUAUUUUAAAUACGGAGGAAAACUUCUCGGAUUGGCAAACAUCAAAAACAACCACAAGGGAAACGGAAACACGAAAACCUGAACCACAGAAGGAAAUAGUAGAACUAUCAUCAAACCCCGAAGACACUGAUUCGGAUGACGAAGACACUGAUUUGGAGGAGGCCCGAGAGGAAGAACCACCAAUCAUUGGCGAAUCAUCGAAACAGCUAAACCAGCCUCCGAUCCACAAGAGGAGAGGUUCGAUGUUACCCAGGAUACUAGAAACAGAAAUGGAAGAAUACCGGAAACAAAAAGAGGAUGCGUCGCCACCACUAAGAAGUGCACCCCCAGGGACUGGCAACUUCUUCCGUACGGGAGAAGAAGACGCCGACGAAUUGGCCGAGAAAAUAAAUUCUGAAAUUCGAACGCUACACGAGGCUUGGAAACAAGCGCAAGCUAAUCGGUCGCCCCCGCGAGCACCAAAAGGGAGAAAGGAAUCUACCAACGAUAUCCUCAAAGACUUCGACGAUUUCUGCGUAGAGCAAAGAGAACAGAUCAACGACGCAGAACAAAGUCUUCGCAAGAUUAGGGAAAACAAACAAAGUCUUCGCAAGAUUAGGAAAAGUUUGACAAAAAUGGGAAUAGUCUCUAACGAGAGCUCGGAAGAUGAAGGAAAUACAACCAAACCGGAAAACGAGACGUGUUCACAUAAAUCUCAUCUACCGACACCACUUCCGAACUUUCCACCAAAGGCACGGUCGACACCCCAGGUUCGAGCCAAGGACACAGCUGAGCCGCGAUACGAACGGGUGCUCCCAGAUAAGAUAAGCUCGAAUAACAAUGAAACGGAACCGCAACGGGAAAGCGUACCAACACAACCAGGUCACCGACCUGAUGCUACCAUAGAUCUAGGAGUUGACAUAGACUGGCCCUCAGGAAAGGAUUGGGAUGAAACGAUCCCUAUGAUAAAUAUCAGAAGCAGUCGCGAAUGCAUGACUUUCGAAAAGGAUAAUUACGCUCAUUUCAUCUCAGCUGACUGUGAACUAACAACACCUAUAGGGAAGCUAAUGAUAGACCUAGGCAUUAUAGAUCUGGAAGACUUCAGAGAUCGGAACCCCCAGAAAGGGCAAGUCCUGAUCAGUAAAAGAGGGAAAUAUCGGAUUUUCAGCAUAGUAUGCAAAAUAUAUCAUUUCGAACGCAUUACGCCAGAGGAUAUACGCACAGAGUUGGAUAACUUGCAUCUGGCCUUGUUGGAAACAAGCACCAAGACCUUGCGCAUGUCAUGUGUAGGUGACGAACCGAGCGCUCUACCUCCUAACACACUGCGCGAAUUGCUGCAUAAGGCAUUCCCCGAUAGUGACGUCACCAUCACGCUCUGUUACGGGCAAGUACAACUACCUCCGGAAGAGCUGAGGAGGGAGAUAAUUCAGGAGUACCAUGAUAGCCUGGUAGGAGGACACAAAGGCGUAACCAAAACAUACAAACGGAUACGCGAACGCUAUUAUUGGCCAGAAUUGAAACACGAUGUCCAAGAAUAUGUUAGAGCCUGUAGGAGUUGCCAAGAGCAGAAAUUAGUUAGGGUAAAAACAAGAGAACCAAUGGUCAUAACGGAUACUCCUCUAGAUGCUUUCGAGAAAAUAUCCAUAGACACCGUAGGACCCCUCCCCAUCACACCUAAUGGGAACCGACACAUACUAACAGUGCAGGAUAACCUUACAAAAUAUUGCAUAGCUGUCCCCAUACCAAACGUCAGUGCAAUAACAGUAGCCGACGCCCUUGCACGGCAUGUAAUCGCAAACUUCGGUGCGCCUAAGAUUAUCCUUACUGAUCGUGGAGGAUGUUUUGUUAGCAAACUACUUCGUAAGAUUGCCAAAAUAUUUAAAAUCAAGCAUGUAACUACGUCGGGAUACCAUCCAACCUUACAAAAUAUUGCAUAG